AUUUCUUGUUCAACUGAAAAAAAAAAAUCUGUAUAGAAAAGCAUUUAUUUUUUUUUCUUUUUGUUAUUUCAACACUUUAUUUAAAUCAAUUAAAAAAAAAAAUGUCUAAAUCUACACAUGUCAUCAACUUUGGUGCUGGACCUGCUAAAAUCCCUCAACCUGUUCUUUUAAAAGCACAGAAAGAAUUCUUAAAUAUCAAUGGUACAGGCAUGUCAGUGAUGGAGCUCUCUCAUCGUUCAAAGCCUUUUGGUGCUAUUCUUGAAAAGACUAAACAAGAUCUUACUGAGCUUAUGAACAUUCCCUCCAAUUAUUCAAUUCUUUUUAUGCAAGGCGGUGCUACUACUGAAUUUGCUUCCAUUUUUUAUAAUCUCAUUGCUGCAAAGCAACAAGAAUUAAAAAAACAAGGUAAGGAGGGAGAGGAAAUUGUUGUCGAUUAUCUUGUUACAGGUGCAUGGUCCAACAAAGCAGCUCAAGAAGCAGAACGUCUCGUACCUACUAUUGUGGAUAACCCAGUUCGUAUUAAUCGCGCUUUGGAUGUCAAAAAAGCGAACGGUAAAUUUGGAAGCAUUCCUCCUCAAACUGAAUGGAACUUGACAGAUCCCAGUAAACAUAAUGUAGCUUAUGUCUACUACUGUGAUAAUGAAACUGUCCAUGGUGUUGAGUUUCAAGUUACCCCUCAUGUAGACCCUUCUGUACCUCUCGUGGCUGAUGUCUCAAGUAACUUUUUGUCUCGUCCUAUUGAUGUCUCUAAAUAUGGUAUCAUCUAUGGUGGCGCACAAAAGAAUUUAGGUCCUGCUGGUGUCACGAUUAUUAUCAUCCGUAAUGAUUUACUAGUGGAUUUAAAUGUCGGACCUGUACGUCCCUUAAUGCUUGAUUUUAAGACAGCCGCUGAUAAUAAUUCUAUGUAUAAUACACCACCUACUUUCGCCAUUUAUAUGGUUGGUUUAACUUUAGAGUGGCUGCUUGAAAGAGGUGGUCUUACGGAAGUCGAAAAAGUUAAUCAACGUAAAGCAGAAAAACUCUAUUUGGCAAUUGAGCAAUCAAGUUUAUACAAAUGCCCCGUAGAGCCUCAUUCUAGAAGUCAUAUGAACGUUGUUUUUCGUUUACCGACAGAAGAUUUGGAAAAGGAAUUUUUAAAGGGUGCUGAAGAAAGAAAUAUGCAACAAUUAAAAGGACAUCGUUCAGUAGGUGGCAUUCGUGCUUCCAUCUAUAAUGCCUUGUCAGAGGAAGACGUGGAUGCUUUGAUUAAUUAUAUGAAUGAAUUUGAAGAAAAACACAAAGCUUAAAUAAAAGAGAAAAGAAAAAAUGUUAUUUUAUCCCAUGAGGUUAAUGUAAUCUAGAAACAUUUAAUAAAAUCUCCAACUUUUUUUUUUUUAUACUACUUUUUAAGCAUAAUAUAGUAUUCUUAUGCACCAAAUCAAUGCGUCAUCUAGAAGUCACGAAAACGGUGCCCAUGUGUGUGCCUAGCUGGUUUGGUUUUUUCUCAUUUUCCUUCUUUUUUUCUUUUUUUGUAAUUCCGAAAUAAAAAAUAACAAGGCGGAGGGCUAUAAUAAACAACCCCACGACUUAUCCAUUGAAGCUUGAAGACGACGUUGUAGAUAUCCUUAUUUAUCUUGUAUUUUGAUUUUUUUGUAUCUUUAAACUCCUCACACACACACACACACAUACACACACAUACACACACACACACACUCUCUCUCUCUCUCUCUCUCUCUCUCUCUCU